UGUUGUCCAUAUAAUAAAUUAAAUUUUCAAAAGCGCAAAUACAAAAUGAAGACCAGCAGUCGUAAAGAAGGUGCCCAGAAUGCUGAACCGGUAAAAAUGAAGGAUUCAGAGCCUGGCCAGACCCCUAAAAUCUGUAAAUUUGAAGAACUCAAGGGCCAAUACAAAAUUAUGCGGGAAAUUGGCAGAGGUUCAUAUGGUGUAGUAUUCAAAGCUGUCUGCACUGUCGAUUACGACUCAGAUAAAGGCCUUGAAUAUUAUGAUAGAGACGAGGUUGAAGACGACCAUGAUGGUAUCCAGAGAUUUGCAGUCAAAAGAAUUUUCCCCACAAUUAAUGCUCCCUACAUCCUUAUUGAAAUGUACAUCCUCAAGUAUAUUAAGGGUCAUGAAUUUGUGACCAACCUAGUGGCUGGAUACCGUCAGGAGAGCCAAGUCUCCUUGGUGUUUGAAUACCAAAGGAGCCAGAGCUUCCUUGUAUUUGUUGAAAGUAUCUCUCAAGAUGAUAUUAAAUGAUAUUUAUUCCAACUCCUUAGUGCAGUGAAGCAUCUCAGCGAUCUAGGAAUUGUCCAUCGGGACAUCAAGCCUUCCAAUUUUCUCUGGGACCCGAAGAGCAGGAAAGGAAUUCUGAUCGAUUUCGGUCUCUCAGAGGUUGAAACUGAUGAAAAUGGAGAGCCAAUAAAGAACCCUGAGAAUGAUUUAGUUCAAAAGAUAGUGGAUCUCCAAAGGAAAAUGAGUAUUAAACACAGAACCGGUACUAAAGGAUACAUGCCACCUGAAACUAUCUUCAAUUCUCCUAAUCAAGGAUCGAAGGUUGAUAUAUGGGCUGUCGGAGUAAUUAUGCUGUCUUUCUUAAUGAGAAGACAUCCUAUCAUCUCGCUUAAUAAUACAUCAAGGGUGAAGAACUUUACGAUCUCCAAUCUUCUCCCGCUUUCCAUUAUCUAUGGCUCAAACGAAUUCAAAAAGGUAGCACAUGACAAUGGAUAUGGAAUUCUCAUGCCUGACGAUAUCCCAAAGGAGAGAAAGCCUUGGUAUGACUUAGUAAAUGAAGACUUUAAGACGGACUCAGAUGCUCUAGACUUGUUAGACAAGAUGAUGAAGCUCAGCCAAGAUGAUAGAGUAACUGCUGAAGAAGCUCUCAGCCAUCCUUAUUUCGACUCACUGAAAAGUAAUUUCUGCUAA